UAUAUAUUCACAUAUACUGCCCUUACAAGAAGGAGCAGACGACACAAAGCACGGCCACUGAUUGAACCCAGUUCAAAGGUAAGGUUUGCUCUUGUCUACCGAGUUAAUAUUUAACCAAUGCAUCGGUACACAUGCCGUCCCCCUGCAAUUGCAAUUGCAUUGAGACUAUACAGGGAACUGUUACAGAUACAUGUACAUGUAUGUUGAAUUCAUGAAGCCUGCAAUGUUAGCUCUUUUACAGACAAUCACAGGUUGUAACGCUUUGAUUCUUUCGUCCGUAUGCCAAUCUGGAAAAGAGGCAGUAAUUUCUUGGGAUCUGGACCUUCGCCGACUGUUGCUGUUCAACGAAUGCUGAUCAACACCAUAAUCAUCUGAUAUCAAACGAGUCUUAUCUUUAGGGUUAUAGGUUUCACCUCUGACCAAUCCUGAGAGUUGUCACAGUGGUACCAUCUUCAAGGAUCCUCCUACCAGCAUCAUGGAACUCAAAUGGGAUAUGAUUGUGUUGACGUUAACUGGGUUGUUUGUCCUCUGGAUCGUAAGCAUGUUCAUGGAGAGUCUAGUUCGUUCUGUAUUGCUACCAAAAGUCAUUGACAAAUACGUGUUAAUAACUGGCUGUGAUACUGGUUUUGGAAGCAUUGUGAUUCGUCAGUUAGACAGACGAGGUGUUCACGUGUUCGCCGCGUGCUUGACUGCUAAAGGUCAGAAAGAGGUCGAAUCCAAGACAUCAGACAGGGUCAUCACUCUCCGAUUGGACGUCACCGACCACGAGAGUGUCGUAGCCGCAUCCGAGUUCAUCAAGAAGAAACUGCCGAAAGAUACAGGACUAUGGGGUCUGGUGAACAACGCUGGUAUUGCCAACUUACCUGGUCUCAUCGAUUGGUCCACGAAGGACGACUACAAGCGCAUCAUCGAUGUCAAUCUCCUCGGCGUCAUCGAUGUCACAUUAACCUUCCUACCUCUACUCAAGAAAGCUCGAGGUCGAGUGGUCAACAUCGCUAGCGCCCUCUCGCGGGUGGCCAUGGGAUCAGGAGGAUACGCUGAAUCGAAAUAUGGCGUCCAAGCAUUCUCUGAUACGCUAAGGAGAGAAAGUCGUAUGAUGAACUACGGGAUCAAAGUGAGUAUCCUAGAGCCUGGUUUCUUCAAAACCCAGCUUACCAGCCCUGAGAAGACUAGAUCUGAGAUUAAGAAGAGUUGGGAUCGGUUAUCAAAGGAGAAACAAGCGGAGUUUGAACCAGACAUGCAUGAGAAAUUAUCGAACAUCUCUGUCAACUUCAUGAACUUCGUCUCCUCCCCCAACCUUACCAUCGUAACCAACGCCAUGAUGCACGGGCUACUAGCCCGCUGGCCCAAGACCAGGUACUCAUGUGGACUAGAUAUGAAGGUCAUCUUCAUCCCGCUCUCCUACGCUCCGACAUGGUUCACUGAUUUCUGGAUCGGCCGGUCCACUCAUAAUGACAAAGCACCUGAAGAAAAAGAGAAAGAGGAAAAGCUACAGUCCGGUGCCUUUGGAUCCAUGUUUGUCGCUACCAAUAAUUAGUGCCAUGGGCAUCAAUACCUGGCGGAUUUUUGUGCCAUAAUUAUAAAUCGCCAUUUUUUGGCCCGAAUUCACAAAGGAGGUUUGUCGAAAAAUCUCCUUUUGUUUCGACAAACCUCCUUUUGUUUCUUACAAACCAAGGUUUGUAAAAACGCGUCGAAAUGCGUCGUAUGACGCACAUAAACCUCGGUUUGUCGACAAACCUCCUUUGUGAAUUCGGACCAAUACGUUCGUGCCAGCCACAGUUUUUUCCUGCAACAACUAAAGUAAUUACUGUAGUUUGAUUGCAGUAAACAAGCAGAAAUAGAAGAAGAAAUCAUUUUGCGUACAGGACUUUUGUUUCACAAAGGCUGAUCUUCCUUUUACCAAAAAUACUAUGAUUCUUUGGCCGAGCGGGCGGGCGGGGCACAAGUCCGCAAUGUCUGUGACAUACACAAAAAGGCGUCAUCCCAUUCUUAUUGUUUUCUUCCUUCAUCUUUUUUUUUUUUUUUGGGGGGGGGGGGGGGGGAACACGCACCCUAAUUAUACCCCUUUCCCCUGCCCGGACCUGCCACUGCAUGAAAUCAAAUUUAAUAUAUGCAAUACGGUGCGUGCAUAACAUAUCGACUUGUAUGAAAACAGGAUGAAUGUGUUAUUGUAAAACUGCAUUCUACAUUCGAUAAUGAUAGAGAUAGUACUUUCUUUUAUAUUUGCUCUUCAUUGUUAUAACGAGAAAUGAAACUCCGUUUUGUUAUUUUUGUAUGGUGAUUUGUCAUUGCAUCAGAAGAAAUCUGAAAUAAAUACAUGUAGAACAAUUUGAUUCAAUA